GUCCCGCGCUCCUCGGCGGCUGCCACGGCCUUCGGCGGCCAGCUUUGGGUUCUGGGUGGCACCAGCGGCUCGCGCCUACGUAGCGUGGAAAGGUACGACCCUCGCGCGGGCAAGUGGGAGUUGCGUGCGGACAUGAUCGAGGUCAGGUCUACGGCACAGGCGUGCUGCUGCUUGGACCGGCUCUACGCCUAUGGCGGAACUGACCAGAACCAGCGGGUGCACAGCAGCCUCGAGGGCUACAACCCAGAGGCAGGCGGAUCCUGGAUCUUCCGGAAAUCCAUGCAGUUGCCGAGGAUGGACUUUGGCAGUUGCGUGCUCAGCGACUCCAUCAUGGUGGGGGGCGGCCAGCACGGGGAGGUGCUGGCCUCCACGGAGUUCUACCGCCCGGAGCUGGACGACUGGCAGCUGGGGCCGCCCAUGUUGUCGCCGCGCUACGGGCACAAGCUGCUGCUCGUCAACCUCUGAGUCUCCAUGCAGGAUCUGAUGGCCGUGGAAUUCACCAUCCCGUUUCACAGCAGACGUGGAUUGGACCAAGCGUUCCGACGAAGCGGGCUCGUGACAAGAUGAAA